GCUUUCAUCAGUGCACACUUUCAUAUUCUGCUGUUGUCAGUCGCUGUAAACAACGUCACUUUCGAUUGCAUAUAAUCGGUUGCAGUGUUGAGUGGGCAGUGUAUCAAAUUAAACUGAAUAUUCUUGCAUCGGUCUGCUGACACACUCGUCAGUAACGAAUGAAUUAAACCUAGACUGCAAAUUUACAAGUUGCGAAGUGCAUUCGAAAUUAUCACUCUUGGACACAUAACCUAUAAACGGAGAGUCACUACGAAAAACCCAAAUCAAAUUUUACUAACGAAAAUACUCGAAGCCGAACACAAACAUGAGUCUAAAUGAAUAUAAACUAAGUUGUGAACUACUUGGUCAUUCGUUGGAUGUCCGCGCUGUAGCAGAAGGCAAAAACUGCAUAAUUUCGGGAUCUCGCGACAAAACAGCAAAAGUCUGGAAUGCUGAAGGCGGUACAUACGUGGAAGGAGUCACAUUGCAAGAUCAUACAAAAUUCAUUGCAUCAGUUUGCGUUUUAGAUGACGGUCAAUUGAUUUGUACGGGAAGUAAUGAUGCACAAAUUUGCGUGUACACUCCAGGAAGUGUUGUUCCAGUGACAGUUCUAAAAGGACACACAGAUACUGUUAGUACAAUGACUGCUGGUUUUGAACCUAAUUCAUUGGUGAGUGGGAGCUGGGAUAAAACAGCUCGAGUUUGGACAAUUGCUGGUUUUGGGCCUUCGCAAUCAAUUAGUUUAGUCGGUCACGAAGCUGCUGUAUGGGCAGUCGUUUCGCUUUCAUCCGGCUAUUACGUAACUGGAUCCGCUGACAAAAAUAUUUAUUUCUGGAACAAAAAAGGCGAAAAAGUGAAAGUACUGAAGGGACACACGGAUUGUGUGCGAGGUCUCGCAGAGAUCGGAAUUGGUGGAUUGAUUAGUUGCGGUAACGAUGCUGUGAUAAAAAUUUGGUCGGAAGACGGUGAAUGCAUCAAAGAUUUACACGGACACAAUAAUUACAUUUACACAAUGGCAAUGAAUGUGGCGAUCGGCACUGAUGUUUUCGUCACAGGCAGUGAAGAUAGCACGAUACGAAUGUGGAAUUCGAACGGUGAGCUCGGUGAUGCACUAACAUUACCUGCUCAGUCAGUAUGGUCAGUUGCUUGUUUGCGAAAUGGUGACAUUGUGACAGGAAGUAGUGAUGCGGUUGUCAGAGUUUUCACUAAAGACCCGACCAGGUAUGCAACCGAGACGAUUUUGAAAUCAUUUGCUCAGGCCGUCGAACAAAGACAAUCAGACACGAAAAUGGAAUUGGGUGGAAUGAAAGUGACUGAAUUACCUGGACCGGAAUCGCUAUUAAACGAAGGAACUGAAGGACAAACAAAAAUUGUCCGUCAUGCCGAUGGAAAGGUAAUGUGUUAUCAAUGGACCAAAAACGAAUGGUUAUGUUUGGGUGAUGUAACUGGGGCAUCCGGUGGAUCGCAAGAGAAUUCCGGAAAGGUGCUGCAUGAAGGAAUCGAAUACGAUUAUGUCUUCAAUGUGGAUAUAUCUGAUUCACAACCUCCUAUAAAACUGCCGUACAACUGCGGUGAAGAUCCAUGGAUGGCCGCACAGAAGUUCAUACACAAACAUGAAUUGCCACAAGCGUAUUUGGAACAAGUGGCUAAUUUCAUUGUAAAAAAUUCGGAACGUACUGCACCCACUGUAUCUGCUCCAGUAAGCAGUGGCUAUCAAGAUCCAUUCACCGGUGGGGCCCGAUAUAUACCAGGUGGUGGCGCCAAUAUUUCAAAUAAUGCCAACUUUGUCGAUCCAUUCACUGGUGCAUCUAGCUACCGUACAGUUCAAGCACAACAGGAAUCGCUAAAUUCCAGAAGUAGUGGCGGAUCAGCUGUUCCUACAGGAAUUCGUCAUUUCCCUCACAAUAAAUACGUUACAUUCGACGUGUGUGAUGCAGCCAAAGUGUUGAAUAAGUUAAAAGAAUUUAAUUCGAAAAUUGAAAAUGAAACGCUUCGAGUCACCACGGAACAAUUGGAUGAUUUGAAUAGACUCACGCAACCGGCACCAACGGACUGUCAAAAUGCUAUUCAAACCCUACAAGCUGUGUUGCAAUGGCCAAAAGAUUUGCUGUUCCCAAUUUUGGAUAUCGCUCGUCUAGCGACCCGUCACGAAAAUAUUUGCUCGACUCUAGCUACACCUGAAUUUGUGCAGAAACUCCUUGAUAGCUGUUCACAUUCGGCAGCAAAUCAACUAAUGGUGACCCGCUGUUUCGUCAAUAUGUUAAAUCAUUCCGUUGGUAAAAACAUCGUUUCCAUUCGGUUUUUGGAUAUUGUACGCGAAUUGUGCAAAAUAAAGCAGGGAAGCGCCAAUUUGCAGAUUGCAAUUGCAUCGUUUUACUUGAACACAUCAAUUCUGCAAACCGAAUUGGCUGAUCAAGAAAUAUGUCGACUACUGGCAGAAGGUUUGCUGGGAUCACUGAAAUGGAUUGGGGACCUCGAAGCAUUUUAUCGAUCUUAUCAGUCACUUGGCAACUUAACGUGUACUCCAUUCGGACCGGUCACAAGUGCCCAGAUAAUUUCCGUUGAUGUUGCGGUCGAUAAACUUCGCUAUUUUAUGAGCGCUGUACUACCAAAUGGUUUCGAAAAAUUGAACGAAAUCGCCAGAGAUUUGACCUCUGCACUAUAAUUCCCGGGCAGAUUGGUUUCUCUCUACAACAUAAACUAUCUUUGUGGCUUCUCGAUUUGAAAAAUAAAGGUUUUUGAUUAAAUAA